AGAAAGGAAAAUCGAUAACAUUUUUUCCUCUCUCUAUAUUUCUCUCUCCGGCUACCCCCUCGCUUUUCCUUCCCGUGCGUCCUAUUCCUCCUUUGACAACUCCAUUAGCAAUUCUCUCUGUUUCUUUCUCUCUCCGAAAAAAAAAUAUAUUUAUAUUAAAUAAAAUAAAACAAAAAAACAACCCUUCUCUUUCAGUUCUUCAACGGCCCGAUACAUCUCUUCUUCACACAGAGAGAAGGUGGAUUCUAGGGUUUUUUCUCUUCUAGCUUUUGACCAAGGUAUUGUUUUGCCGGUUUUUGCUGCUUUUGUUUUGAGGGAGAUGGUGAGUGAAUGAAACAGAGGCUAGGUUUCUUUUUUUCUUUUUGAUUUGGGGGCGAUUAGGCUCGUGCAUUGUGGUUGGCUGCAAUUUGGUGUAAUUUUGGUUUAUUUUUAUUUUUAUUGUUGUCUUAGAGAUGGGUGCGUCUUAAUUGGGUUAAAAGAAUUGGUAUACUGAAUGGGGGCGUGUGAGAAUUCGUUUGAGCCACACGAGCCCUUGACUCUUGCUGCCACCGAGCAGCAUUCGUGCUUGGAAUUUAUCAAGGAUUCUGAGCAGCUGCCAGUCUUGGAGACUGCUCACAGUCUAAUUGAUACUAAUGUGGAACCCUCUAGUGCGACUGAUGGGUUUGUGGACUUGUCUCAGAAAGAUAAUGUUGUUUGUGCCAGCCACAGUGAUGUUAAGGCUGUGUCAGCUGAUAUGGGAAUUGGGUUGACGGGUGAGGGGGAGAGUGUGGUUGGUUUGACAGCAGGGAAAUUAUUGGAGGAUGAAUCUGGGGUUAUUGGGGGUUGUUUGGAUGAGAGGCAAAGUGGGAUAGAUGAUUGUAAUGGGGAAACGGAUAGAUCCCGGGAAGAAAAAGCAGGGCUUGGAGUCAAGAAUGGUGGACCACUAGACUGUGAAAGGUCUUUGGAAUUGCUGGAGAGAAAUUGUGAUCAACAGGAUGGCCGAGUGGAUGAUAAGAAAACUGGUGUUCAAGGUGUUACAGAAGAGGAAAGUGAUGGUUUAGUUACAGUAGAGGCUGAUACUUCCGAUGAAGUAGUGCCUUCAACCUCAUGUGAAACAUCUGUAGAAUCGAUACUUGGGAAUGAUAUGACUAGAAAUUGUGAUCAACAAGAUGACCAGAAUGAUCAUGAGAGUGGCAGUGUUCAAGGGGUUAUGGAAGAGAAAAAUGAUGGUUUAGCUGCAAUAAAGAUUGUUAAUUCUGAUGAAAUAGUUCUUUCACUGGGCAGUGAGAUGCCAACAGAAUUAAUGCAAGCAAAGGAUUGGAGCAGAAAUGGUGAUCAACAAGAUGACCAGAGGGAUGAUAAGAAUGUCAGUGUUCAAGGGGUCAUGGAACAACAUAGUAGUGGCUUAGCUCCAAUAGAGUUUGAUGAUAUACAUCAUGAAAUAGUGCUUUCAUCGGGUCAAGGAAUGCCUGCAGAACUACUACCAGAAAAAGGUUUGCCUAGUGAUGGCAAUGAACAGUACAAGCAUGAUUGUGGUACCUCUCAAGAAGCAGUUAUGGAAGAGAAAAUUGACAAUUUAACUGGGCUAGAGAAUAGAGACCUUCAAGCUGUGAUGGAACAGAAAAGUGAUGGUUUAGUGGCAACAAAGACUGCUGAUACUUGUGAAAACAUAUUGCCUUCAUUGGGAUAUGAAAUGCCCGCUGAGCGUUUGCCUAGAAAUGGUGUUGAGAAGGACAAGCAAGACAGGAGCACCUCUAUGGUGCUGACCAUGGAAGAGAGAAACAAUGAUUUAGCUGGGACAGAGAGUAUUAGUAUGGAAGGGUUCAUGGAAGAAAAAAGUGAUGGUUUAGCUGCAAUAGAGACUGCUACUCAUAAUGAAAUAGGACCUUUGUCAGGCUGUGAAAUCCCUGCUGGAUUAAUUUCAGUGAAUGGUUAUGGUGUUGAACUGGACAAGCAGUAUGAUGGUACGUCUCCUACUGUGGUUCCAAAAGAAAGAAGUGUUCUUUUAACUAGGUUAGAGACUGAUAAUCAAGACCAAAUAUUGCCUUCACUUGACCAUGGAAUGCAUUUGGAAUCAACAACUGUUACAUGUCCACCAAGCAAGUGUCUUCAGCCGGAUGACCAGAAGGGUGAUCAGAUCAUUAGCUGUCUCAUUGCAGGAGGGGUUAUGGAGGAAACAAGUGAUGCUUUAGAUGCGACAGAUACUACUACUUCCAAUUGGUUGUUGUCAUCACAGGGCCUCGAGAGGACCUUGAAAUUAAUGCCCAUGACUGGUUUGCCAGAAGAAAGUGUUUAUCAUGAUGAGCAGAAGCUGAUACCAAGUGAACUAGAUUCUAAGGUUGUCAAUGGUCUAGCUAUAGAGAGGGUUCCAGAGCAGGAAAGCGAUGCCUCAGCCAGGAUAGGAGCUGAUAUAUAUGCCCAGGUAUCACCACAUGGUGCUAUUGACUCUAACAGUGCAGGUGACUGUUCUGGAGAGACGGUCAAUGAAGCAAAGAAUCAUGUCAGCAUUGAUAGUGUUUCUGAAACCAAGUGUCAUGACAUUGCAUCACCAUCUUCACAAAGGAGCAAUGGAGUACGCAAAUCAAGCCGGAAGGCCCAGACAAAAAGGGCUGCAAGGAAAUCUAGAAAUACAACCAAAGUCCCAAACCUUCAUCUAGGUAUUGAGACUGUCUUCAAAAGUGUGACAAGGAAGCGAAGCUGUUUCUCCAAACCAGCUCGGUCUUCUGCUUGGGGAUUGUUGGGGAAUAUUACACAUGCAUUUACAAUGAUUGAUGGUCCCAGACUUGAUGAAAUUGAGAAUAAUGGAUCACAAAAAGCAAGGGGUGGCAGAGGAAGCAGAAAGCGGAAUAAUCGUGCUGGUGGAAGGUCACAAAGGUCUAGCAAGAAAGGCUGUGCUUCAGCUAGUUGCAUUCGUUUGAAAGUUAAAGUGGGAAAAGAAGCUUGUCAAACUGAAGCUAAUCCGAAGAUUAUGAUCCCAGAGGUAAUUGAUACAAAAGCAUCUGCUGAACUUGUAAGCAAUUAUGGGGUUGAGUCAUAUCAGGAAACCAGUUUUGAAAUGUCAAAGUUAGUCCAUUAUGCUGAAGAUAAUGUGGCUGAAGAGGGAGCUGGAAAACAGCUUCAGUCUUUUGAUAUUAAGUUGAAGGCAGAGUUACAUUGCGAUCCUUAUGGCAUGGAUGUAAAUCUUGCAAACAAAGAUAUGGAGGGCAUGGUGAUUUUUGAAAAGUCACCUGGAGAUACUGUGGAAGAUUAUAUCGGGGUUCCUCUCCAUACAGAGGUUGAAGCACUGGGAGCAACAACUGAGAAGAGGUAUACAGAUCCUGGAACUUCACCAGAUUCAGAAGUUAUCAAUUUAGUUGCCGAGGGCCAAGUCGAUGCACGAUGUCCAGAAGAUUUUCAUGAUGCUGUUCUGUCUUCUUCUAAGGCUUUUGCUACAGAUCAAGGGGGUAAUGGUAAAAGGAGGGGAAAAAAGAAAGAAAGGCUCCCUCAAGCCGCUAACUGUUCACCUGCUGCGGCAAGCUUAAACAAAGUUAAAUUGGCAAAGAAACGUGGGGGCAGGCAGAGAAAGGCUGAUGGCCUUUCCUCUACUGAGAUUCUUACUUCAUCCAGCAGUGUGAAUGGUUUGAUCAACACACCAAGCAGUAAAGAAUGUUCCGCAGAACAGGUACCUUUGUCAAGAGAGACUGAACUUGAAGUCUCUGGAGAGGUUUUGACAGAAGAAAUCAGUAUGGAAACUAAAAUAUGUGUUGGUGGACUGGAUGCUGAGCUUAGGUCAUCAGAAUCACAGAUUUCAAAGAAUCCUCUUCCUUCAACUAAAUCCAGGGGAAAUGGAGUGAACAAGGGAAGGUCCAAAGUCUCCGACUCUGCAAAAAGCCGGAGGGCAAAUGGUUGCAAGGAUAGAGGAAACGAUAGGAAGUCAGUUAAAAAGAACAAAGCCAAGGGGAAGAGUGUUUGUGAUCAUGUUUUUUACAAAGUUGAUGAUGAUCCAGAAAUAGGUCAAGAAGCAUUCUGCUCUGACAUGAAGUAUCGCUGUAAUCAUACUGCAGAUGAAAAUGGAAAAAUUGAUGCUGUUGAGGAUACUGCUGCAGAAGAGGUAGCUGAUUUGGACACGCCGUCAAGUGGUGUAAUGGAGCAAAAUUUAUCCCCAGAUAAUGCUUGGGUUCGCUGUGAUGAUUGUCUUAAAUGGCGGCGUAUUCCAGUUCGACUUGUAGAAUCUAUUAGUCAAACACAUUGCCAAUGGAUCUGCAAGGACAACAUGAAUAAAGCCUUUGCUGAUUGCUCCUUCCCCCAAGAGAAGUCAAAUGCAGAAAUAAAUGCAGAGUUGGGCAUAUCAGAUGUUGAUGAGGAUGGUUGCGAUGCCCCUUCAAAUUAUAUGGAAUUGGAAUGUAGACAGACAUCAGUUUCCAAGGAGUAUGAAUUUACACGCAUCACUACCAAUCAGUUUCUGCACCGUAGCCGUAAAACUCAAACUAUUGAUGAGAUCAUGGUUUGUUACUGCAAAGCACCUGUGGCCGGUCGGUUAGGUUGUGGAGAUGAAUGCUUGAAUCGAAUGCUUAAUAUUGAGUGUGUUCAAGGAACCUGUCCAUGUGGGGACCAUUGCUCAAAUCAACAGUUCCAAAAGCGCAAUUAUGCCAAAAUGACAUGGGAGCGAUGUGGGAAGAAAGGUUUUGGACUGCGAUUGGAUGAGGAUAUAUCCAGAGGGCAAUUCCUUAUUGAAUACGUUGGAGAGGUGCUUGAUGUGCAUGCUUAUGAAGCAAGGCAAAAAGAUUAUGCUUCCAAGGGUCACAAACAUUUCUACUUCAUGACAUUGGAUGGCAGUGAGGUAAUUGACGCAUGUGCGAAGGGAAAUUUGGGGCGUUUUAUUAAUCAUAGUUGUGAUCCUAAUUGUCGUACUGAAAAGUGGGUGGUCAAUGGAGAAAUCUGUAUUGGAUUAUUUGCGUUGAGGGACAUUAAAAUGGGCGAAGAGGUGACAUUUGACUAUAACUAUGUAAGAGUUGUUGGGGCUGCUGCUAAAAGAUGCUAUUGUGGUUCGCCUCAAUGUCGAGGCUAUAUUGGUGGUGAUCCAACUAGCACUGAAGUAGUUGAUCAAGUUGAUUCGGAUGAAGAAUUUCCUGAACCUGUAAUGCUUGAAGAUGGAAGAGUGGGAGGUGGCUUAAAAAAUAAAAUAUCCAAAACCAAUUUCUUUGGUUUGUCAAAAGACAGGGAAAUAGAAUUCAAAACAGCUGUUGGGAACUUGGAGGUUGCAACUGAAAUUAAGGACUUGACAAGCCAAUUAACCCCUGCCAUGUCUCUAUCACCCAGUGCAUCAGAAAUGAAUGGUUUACCUGGAGAUUUUUCUUCUUCCAGUCAACAAGUAGAAACCUCCCCAAAGGCUGAAGAUGUAAUGAGCCAACCCACACCUGCUGUUCAGCAAGAGAUUUCCAUGGAAGAGACUAUGAACAAAUCCUUGUAUUCCAGUGAAAAGUUGAGGACCUCUCCAACUUCAACUCCCACCAAAAUAUUGCCUGAUGAUGUUAUGAUUAACAGGAAGUCUAAGUCUGCCGCAGCUGAAAACAAGAGGGUUUUUGUGAAAUCUCGUUUUAUUAUUAAAACUCCACACCAAUCUAGUUUAAUCAAGAAAGGAAAGUCUGCUGGUAAUCUCAUAAACAUAAACAAGGUUCAGACAAUAGCCAGCAAACCUCAGUUUCCACUUAUCAAACCCAAAAAAUUAAUAGAGAGUACCUCGAAUGGCCAUUUUGAAGCAGUUCAGGAGAAACUUAAUGAGUUGUUGGAUUCCGAGGGUGGCAUAAGCAAACGGAAAGAUGCUCCUAAAGGCUACCUGAAACUUCUCCUCCUUACUGCAGCUUCUGGUGCUAUUAGAAGUGGUGAAGCAAUUCAGAGUAAUCGGGAGCUUUCAAUGAUACUCGAUGCACUCUUGAAAACUAGAUCACGAGUGGUACUGAUGGAUAUAAUUAACAAAAAUGGUUUAAGAAUGCUUCACAACAUAAUGAAGCAGUACAGAAGGGACUUUAAAAAGAUUCCAAUUCUCAGGAAGCUUUUAAAGGUUUUAGAGCAUUUGGCAGUCAGGGAGAUACUUACAUUGGAACAUAUAAGUGGAGGUCCUCCUUGUCCUGGAAUGGAGAGCUUUACAGAAUCCAUGUUGUCCCUGACAGAGCAUGAUGACAAACAGGUUCAUCAAAUUGCACGAAGUUUUCGAGAUAGAUGGAUCCCUAGACAUAUCAGAAAGCAUAGCUAUAUGGAUAGGGAUGAUGGGAGGAUGGAGAUUCACAGAGGUUCAAACUGCAAUAGGGUUUCAGCUUCUCAUAAUCAUUGGCAUGAUCAGGGUGUAAGACACACAGAAGCACUUAAUGGUGUUGUGGAAUCAAACCUUGCAAUGACUUCAGGGGGCACUGCUGUCCAUGAGGACAACUCUGUGAAUCGUGUAGGCAGCGGUGCAAGAACUCGCAAGCGUAAAACUAGAUGGGAUCAACCCGCUGUGGGAAAUAUAGCUUCCAGCUCUCUUCAGCAUAUUAAACAGAAUGUUAAUUCUGGGUUGGUACAACAAUAUGAAUCUAACCCAUUACUUGAGUUAAGUAAAGAAGUGCCAGUUCAUGUGGACAAGGCAGGUAGAGAGUACAGUUAUUGCCCUCAUUGUGUUCGCAAUUAUCGCUGGCAAGAUGAAUCUAGUAGUGCUGAUGACAGAAAGCAGAAUAUUCAUGAGGAUGUUCCACCUGGAUUCUCAUCUCCGAUUAAUGCUGCUCUUGCAUCCAAUGCUUCUUCCACUGUUGCUGACCCCCCUCAACAAAAUGUUUUCCAUUUGAAGUUUCCUGUUGGUAUGGUUGUCGGUCAUCCACAGAAGAAAUUCAAUUCCCGCUUUCCUGUCUCGUAUGGAAUUCCGUUGUCUGUUAUGCAGCAAUUAGGAUCACCCCUGGCUGAAACUGUAGAGAGUUGGGUUAUUGCUCCUGGCAUGCCUUUCCAUCCUUUUCCACCAUUACCACCACUUCCCUCCUGUAAGAAAGGGACUCAACCUUCUUGUGCUGUGAGCUCUAUGGAGGUUGAUGGUGAAGCAGAUCGAGGGCAACAGGACAGCCAUGAUCCUACCACUUGUCCAAAUGAAAGUAGUCCAAGCAUGAGUGGUGCUAACCAACCAGAUGUGAAUAGCCCUUGUCCAAAUGACCAUCAAACAUUUAAACGUGCGAGGGGAUUUUCAUAUGAUUUGGGAAGGAGGUACUUUAAGCAACAGAAGUGGAAUAAAGUGUCUCCUCCAUGGGUUCGGAAUAGGAAUGGGUGGGGAUGUGUAGGAGACAACUCAAGAGGUGGAAUGUGCAGCACUGACAUGGGAAGUCUAACAAAUGAACAGAGGAACUCAUAGUGUUGACAGGUUGUAAGCUGUGGACUGGAGAAAUCUGGCAAAUACUUGAUCAGCAUGCACAGCGUCUAAAUGAGCAUUGAUUUUUUAGGAAAUGCUCUGAAGAGCUACUGAUUAUUCACCAUACUCUUAAUGUAUUCUCGAUUCUUUUUUCGGGUUUUUAUUUUCAAUGGGAAAUUCAUUCAUUUCAGAAUGUCAAUCCUCAUACUCAAAGUUGUGAUGCUAUAGCUGGAGGGAAAGCAUUCUUCUUAUCCGGCAAUGUCUUCUGUUGGAUGUUGAUCCAUUUUCUCACACCUCGAAGAGGUAGGUAGUCUUGUUUAUCUAAAAUUUUCUCAUAGGAGUAAUAUUGUUUAUCAUUGGAAUUGAUAACCAAUUUAUUGGCAUCUUGCAUUGGAAAAAAAAAAAUUCUUUGAUGAUAUGGAAGGUGAAAGAUGAUUGUGUUUCUUCGAUGGUUUCUCGAUUAUUUUAAAUUAGUUUUUGUA